UAAGUCACACAGCAGUGUCACCUCAACAUCUAAGUCACACAUCAGUGACACAGCAACAUCUAAGUCACACAGCAGUGAUGCAUCAAGAUCUAAGUCACACAUCAGUGACACAGCAACAUCUAAGUCACACAGCAGUGACACGUCAACAUCUAAGUCACACAGCAGUGACACAGCAACAUCAAAGUCACACAGCAGUUACACAGCAACAUCUAAGUCACACAGUAGUGACGCAUCAACAUCUAAGUCACACAUCAGUGACAGAGCAACAUCAAAGUCACACAGCAGUGACACAGCAACAUCUAAGUCACACAGGAGUCACACAGCAACAUCUGAGUCACACAGCAGUCACACAGCAACAUCUAAGUCACACAGCAGUGACUUAUCAACAUCUAAGUCACACAGAAUUCACUUGUCAUUUCCUAAGUCACCACACGUGGACUCAAAUCAUUCUGACCUAUUUCAUUUUAAUGCAACAUCUUCAAAGUCAAAAGUUAUUGACACAAAGCAGUUACUCGAAACAUUUCGGACACCCCUACCAAUACAAACUUUAGUCCAAAGUCCUUCUAAUACCACAGCCAUAGGUAACUUUAAUAAGCACAAAUCAUUAAUGUUGAAAUAUCAGUUGGAGAAAGAUGGAAAUAUCAGAGUUCAAAAUAAUUUUGUUGAAAAUCAGCGGUCAAAUAUACUAUUGAGCAAAACUUCGACAACUGCUGCAGAAUUGGAAAAGCAUUCCAGCACCAAACUUACACCAAAAACAUGCAAGGAAAGUAAACAAAAUCGGAAAAAGGAGAUAAAUACUGCAUCCCAACCAGCUGCCUCAAUAGGAGUAAAGGAUGUACUGACCAAAUUGAAAGUCAGAGGAAAUGAUGCACUUGUUCUGACUAAUCAUUUGAAAACAUCAUCCAAGAAAGUUAUGAAAAAUUUGAAAAAGCAUUUUCCGCAUGAAUGUAGAUGCCAUCCAGAAGAGCAGAGAUCAGUGAUGGCAGACCAGAUAGUCCUCUAUGAAGAGAAAUUUCUCAUGCUGAGAUACCUACCCAGCAUUACCAUGCUGCUCAUCCACGGUCAGGAGAUGACUGGACAGUUUUACGAGGGUAUGUGGUAUAUCAGCAUUGCUGAAAUCAAGCACAAACUCCUUGCCAACCAGGGGAGAGAUCACUUGGACAUCUAUCUGAGUGAGCACAGUUCUGAAGUGAAAUAUUUAGCCAAAGAUUUGAGGAAUUAUCUGAUGAGACAAGGCACUACCAGAAUACAAUUGCAGCAUGAAUACAUGAUAACAGUCCAAAGUCUGAGGAAGUUUCAAAGUGAUCUACAUCAGAUGCAAGGGGUGGUUCGAUGGUGCAGCUUCUGGUCAAUGGCUAGUAUGGAUGAGAAUUUUUACAUCAAAAAAAGUGGUCAGAUGUGGUGCAUGGCAUGUCUGGGUCACAUGGUACAGGAAAGCUCAUCAAUCGAUGUUUAUACUGACAUUGAGUUAACCAUUGCCCAACCAGUGCACAAAGACUGCAGGGACAAAGUUUCAGUGGGCGAGCAGCAAACCAGUGUAACACACCCUGGGGCCGCUAGAACCAUCACUAGUCCUGAAUCUCUCCCUCAGGGCCACGAAAGCAGUGUGAGCUCUGAAACAAUCACCAGUCAUGUAAAAAAUAAUGAGGAUCCAGAUGGUGCUAGCUCUGGUUUGACCCAUGCGGUUGUAGAGGACAUUGAUAGAUCUGGGUUUGGUAGAACAAAUCGGACAUACUCAGGCUUAGUGGAUUUGAAAUCUGUAGAUAAGACAGACCUGGAUAUCAUUAAAUUUGGUUUUGUCAUAAUUAACAAAACUCCCUUUACAGCAUUCAAACUGACCAAUAUCUGCUUUGUGAGCGUUUAUCAGUUGCAGAUGAAACAAGUUGUCUUACUUAAUAGUAUUGAAAAGCACUUGAAACGCCUCAAUACCUUCCCGAGGAAGGCUCCAAAGGUUGUCGAGAAACACCUCCAGCAAAUUAAUAGCAGCUUUACCAACACUAAAUGGCUCGAUACAAACACGCUUCGCUGUGUGUGUUGUAUGGUUAGUACACCUGGUGUGUUAGUAAAUAAAAACCUGAUCAAUUCAAUCAUCUCCGGCAAAAUACAUGAACAUUUUGAAUAUGCUUUUCAAUCAACAGACAACAUGGAAAAUGAUAAUUCAGGAAUGGCUACCAGAUACAGCCACAUCAGUGGCCAGGAGAUGUGUGGUCCUGAUGAGGACCCAAUCUCAGUGACAACAGACCAAGUUGGGACAGGACCUGUUCGGAAGGCUCUAAAACGAUCAUACAGUUGCCUUUCAUCUGGAAUAUCUACAGCAUCUGAACCACAGGAAAAUAAGAUGGUAGAGAAUCUCGUGGAUGUUCAUAAUGGGAAUCACUCUAAUGUUCAAAACGGACAAAAUUCAGAGCAAAGUGACUUCAGCCUACCACUAGACCGGAAGAAGUUAAAAAUUCCAUUUCAAAGAAGAAAACAAAAGAAACAAUCACCAAUUCUCAUAAGGAAAAGGGAACCUAAGGCAACUAUAAGCCAUCACAGCUUGAAACAACCAGAUUUAAACAGCCAAAAUCUGGAUGUUACUGAAAGUAUGAUAACAGCGACAGGAGAGCAAUUUGACCCAUAUGGCUCUCCCGCUGUGCAUAAGUCUACGCCCAAUGACCUUGACGAAAGCCAAAUCAUAAUAAAAACUGAGCCAAUGGAAUAUGAUGAUGACAUAUCUUCUGCUGAGCUUCCCACAGUGGUGAUUGAACGGGAGACAGUAGAACAUGAACAUCUACAGGAGGCUGUUACAGUCGGGCUGUCUCCUGUUGAUAUGAAAUUGACAAGAUCUUCCUCUAAAACCGAUAGAAUUCCAGAAAUGAUAUACAUUCCAGCAGUUACUGAUAAUCCGACUGGAAAUAUCCACCAUAAGCAAUCGCCACACACUGUACCUGAUCAGGGUAAUGGUCAACCAGGAAGGAGCUGGGCCUCAAACAUUGACCAUUCUGUAAAAGGUGAACCAGAUUGUGAGGAUAACAAAGCAGAGUAUACUGACACUGUCACACACAUCAAAGUAGAACCAUGUGUCUAGAGAACUGACCUAGUAUGGUGUGUUGUCCUAUAGUGUCUAUCCUUGUUAUACUGACAUUGUCACACACACCAAAGUAGAACCAUGUGACUAGAGAACUGACCUAGUAUGGUGUGUUGUCCUAUAGUGUCUAUCCUUGUUAUACUGACAUUGGCACACACACCAAAGUAGAACCAUGUGACUAGAGAACUGACCUAGUAUGGUGUGUUGUCCUAUAGUGUCUAUCCUUGUUAUACUGACAUUGGCACACACACCAAAGUAGAACCAUGUGACUAGAGAACUGACCUAGUAUGGUGUGUUGUCCUAUAGUGUCUAUCCUUGUUAUACUGACAUUGGCACACACACCAAAGUAGAACCAUGUGACUAGAGAACUGACCUAGUAUGGUGUGUUGUCCUAUAGUGUCUAUCCUUGUUAUACUGACAUUGGCACACACACCAAAGUAGAACCAUGUGACUAGAGAACUGACCUAGUAUGGUGUGUUGUCCUAUAGUGUCUAUCCUUGUUAUACUGACAUUGGCACACACACCAAAGUAGAACCAUGUGACUAGAGAACUGACCUAGUAUGGUGUGUUGUCCUAUAGUGUCUAUCCUUGUUAUACUGACAUUGGCACACACACCAAAGUAGAACCAUGUGACUAGAGAACUGACCUAGUAUGGUGUGUUGUCCUAUAGUGUCUAUCCUUGUUAUACUGACAUUGGCACACACACCAAAGUAGAACCAUGUGACUAGAGAACUGACCUAGUAUGGUGUGUUGUCCUAUAGUGUCUAUCCUUGUUAUACUGACAUUGGCACACACACCAAAGUAGAACCAUGUGACUAGAGAACUGACCUAGUAUGGUGUGUUGUCCUAUAGUGUCUAUCCUUGUUAUACUGACAUUGGCACACACACCAAAGUAGAACCAUGUGACUAGAGAACUGACCUAGUAUGGUGUGUUGUCCUAUAGUGUCUAUCCUUGUUAUACUGACAUUGGCACACACACCAAAGUAGAACCAUGUGACUAGAGAACUGACCUAGUAUGGUGUGUUGUCCUAUAGUGUCUAUCCUUGUUAUACUGACAUUGGCACACACACCAAAGUAGAACCAUGUGACUAGAGAACUGACCUAGUAUGGUGUGUUGUCCUAUAGUGUCUAUCCUUGUUAUACUGACAUUGGCACACACACCAAAGUAGAACCAUGUGACUAGAGAACUGACCUAGUAUGGUGUGUUGUCCUAUAGUGUCUAUCCUUGUUAUACUGACAUUGGCACACACACCAAAGUAGAACCAUGUGACUAGAGAACUGACCUAGUAUGGUGUGUUGUCCUAUAGUGUCUAUCCUUGUUAUACUGACAUUGGCACACACACCAAAGUAGAACCAUGUGACUAGAGAACUGACCUAGUAUGGUGUGUUGUCCUAUAGUGUCUAUCCUUGUUAUACUGACAUUGGCACACACACCAAAGUAGAACCAUGUGACUAGAGAACUGACCUAGUAUGGUGUGUUGUCCUAUAGUGUCUAUCCUUGUUAUACUGACAUUGGCACACACACCAAAGUAGAACCAUGUGACUAGAGAACUGACCUAGUAUGGUGUGUUGUCCUAUAGUGUCUAUCCUUGUUAUACUGACAUUGGCACACACACCAAAGUAGAACCAUGUGACUAGAGAACUGACCUAGUAUGGUGUGUUGUCCUAUAGUGUCUAUCCUUGUUAUACUGACAUUGGCACACACACCAAAGUAGAACCAUGUGACUAGAGAACUGACCUAGUAUGGUGUGUUGUCCUAUAGUGUCUAUCCUUGUUAUACUGACAUUGGCACACACACCAAAGUAGAACCAUGUGACUAGAGAACUGACCUAGUAUGGUGUGUUGUCCUAUAGUGUCUAUCCUUGUUAUACUGACAUUGGCACACACACCAAAGUAGAACCAUGUGACUAGAGAACUGACCUAGUAUGGUGUGUUGUCCUAUAGUGUCUAUCCUUGUUAUACUGACAUUGGCACACACACCAAAGUAGAACCAUGUGACUAGAGAACUGACCUAGUAUGGUGUGUUGUCCUAUAGUGUCUAUCCUUGUUAUACUGACAUUGGCACACACACCAAAGUAGAACCAUGUGACUAGAGAACUGACCUAGUAUGGUGUGUUGUCCUAUAGUGUCUAUCCUUGUUAUACUGACAUUGGCACACACACCAAAGUAGAACCAUGUGACUAGAGAACUGACCUAGUAUGGUGUGUUGUCCUAUAGUGUCUAUCCUUGUUAUACUGACAUUGGCACACACACCAAAGUAGAACCAUGUGACUAGAGAACUGACCUAGUAUGGUGUGUUGUCCUAUAGUGUCUAUCCUUGUUAUACUGACAUUGGCACACAAACCAAAGUAGAAAGUAUGGUGUGCUGUCCUACUAUAGGCUAUAGUGUUUAUUCUUCAGUUUUAGUUUUAGUUUUAUUCAUUUGAUCUCGGUUGUGAAGCAGCAAUGAAUAAUUUGGAAAGAUAAUUCAAUUUCUUCUUAUUUUUAAUAGAAAGUAAGUUAAUUGAUUUAAUCAUUGUAGCCCUAAUUCUGUAAUAUCUACCAAUGUAUUAUGUUCUUACUUCGUUGUAGAAUGGACAAACAAGAAUAAAAUGCAAUUCGUUCUC